AGUGGGCGGGGGUGACUUCAGCAAAGCGUCUUGUCCCCUAUCAUCCUAUCGUCCAGGUAUCGCUUACGAAUGUCGGUCGAUCGUUUAAAUCGUCGACGAUUCUCGAGACGCGUUCAUCCGUCGGAUAUGUGUGGUUUUGUUGCUGAUAAUCAAACAUCAUUAUCAUCAUGUUUUUAGAAUCAGCAGCAGACAUAGUGCAAUCCAGGAUGUUUGUGUUGGGUGAAAGUUUUUACGUGUUGGGUGAAUUUUCGUCGCAUCAAUGAUAGCACAAAGUCGUGAAUAAAAAAAAAGAAAAGCCAAGCCGCGAUUUUGACAACACCGUCGGCAAAGUGAAAGGUGAAUUUGCGACAAGGGGGGGAUUAAAAGGACAUGUCGGGUGAAACAGAAAUUGAAGUGUCCGUUGUCUCGGAAGAGGAUUUGGAGUUGGACGAAUCGAGAAGUAGUUCUACACCCGCCGAAAUGCUUCUUCAGGAAAAAAAUGGAAAAAGUGCUUUAGGACUGGGGAAUUCAUUUAGUUUUGAUGUUAGUAAAGCAACUUUGAGGCCGGUUUGUAAUCCGCAAUAUACGUCGUUUAGUAUUUCGAAUAUUCUUGGUAGAGCUGAAUCGCCGACGGCUGAUUCAACAUCGGUGUCUGGUGAACGUCAAUCAGACGCUGAUAGAUCGUCACCCCUUCAUCCACCAAAUUCGCAGAAUAAUCAAAGACUUAUUUCAUGUGGGAGUCCUGUUUCGCAAAUACUCUCGCCGUCACCAUUAAAACUUCCUGGUGGCCAAAGACUGAUAAAUCAUUCCACAGAAACAAGGAGUAACUCUGUUGGAAUUGGAUGCGCCAUCAGCACAACUAGUCCAGUUUCAAGUUAUUCUUCAAGUGACGCUAAUAACACGAUGAUUGGUCAUCAAGCGUCGGCGGAUCUCGCAAUGCUUUCCAGGAUAGGUUUAAUGUCAUCGAUAAUUACGGGUCGAUAUCCAGUUAAUAUUGCGGGAGUUGGUAGUGUAUUUUUCCCACCGGCAUUUCAGCACCUUCAUCAGCAACAACAUCAUUCUAGAUUAACAGCAGCAUCCACUGCGUUAAGUAAUGCGGUUGUUGCUGGACAAUCGGAUAUAACGGAUGCAGAUGGAAUGCGGGGUGUUUUACCAGGUGGUCCAGGAUGGCCUUUUUGGAGACCGUCUCCGGGAAUUCAAACCCUGGACCAUCAUCCCUCUAGCGAGGUGGUCAGUUCUUUGAAUCGUAUCAGCCCUGGAUCUGCCAACUUCCCUCAAAGAGAAGAAUUGGAUGACGACAACCCAAACGACGACCGUCUCCAUCGGACAAGAAGUCCCUCGAGCGGUGACGAAGCUCACGACGAUCUUGGUGACGUGGAUGACGGUCCUGAUGGUGACGGUGAGGGCGAGUCAACUGGUUCCACAGGUCAUCACGGAAACAGCAAUGGAACGACGGGUCAAAAUAUGCAAAUCGGUGAUGGUCGCGAUUCAGGGAGUAUAAAACGUAAAAAGAAGACGCGAACCGUUUUCUCCAGGUCCCAAGUCUUUCAAUUGGAAAGUACAUUCGACAUGAAACGCUAUCUAUCAUCGUCGGAGCGAGCUGGUCUUGCCGCCUCUCUCAGGCUAACGGAAACCCAAGUGAAAAUUUGGUUUCAAAAUCGCCGUAACAAGUGGAAAAGACAAUUGGCCGCUGAUCUCGAGGCAGCUAAUAUGGUUCACGCUGCGCAACGUCUCGUGCGCGUACCAAUUCUCUAUCAUGACGCAUCAGCUGGAAAUACUGUUUCCGCCAGUACAGGCAGUGUCUCCGUAUCACCCCAGACUCAACAAACCCCAAAUGCCACCCCAUCGUCGCUUUCGCAUUCCGUCGGUGUUGGACCGGUCAGCGUCGGUGUUGGCGUCGGCACAUCCUGUGCACCCACCUCCGCUCAACAAAUCUUCUACUCCCAUCACCAUCACCAUCACCAUCAUCCGGGUCACGUACAAGCCCACAGUUUGCUGCCCCACCAAGUGCACCCUCAACCACCGCCUCCACCACCACCACCCCCGAAUCCACAACCCCCUCCCUCCUCAACUCAAUAACCUUCCCCCAUCGACAUUGCCCUCCCCUUUAUUCGCCCCACCACACCAACAACAUCCCAUCAUCAAACCUACCAUCACUAUUACCAAACGUUUCGUACUCGCCCAAUUGUCCAACUAAUUAAUAUCGACGAGUAAACGUGACGUUCACAAUUAUAAUAUGUUAUAUAUAAAUGUAUAUAUGUAUGUCUACGGUGAGAUCACUAUUUUCUAUGCCCGUCCAUAAGUGUAGUCUCAGAUAGCGUGCUUAACCCUCAUCUCGAUGCGACUAUUUCGAUUUCGAGUGACUCUUGUACGCGCACGUGAUAUCUUUGCAUCUCCUGUAAUUUUUAUUAUUGUUUGUUUGCUGAAUAUAGUGUAUUAUGAUAAGUGGAAUAAAUGAAAAUGACGAAUGAAUAUUCUAACAGUCGUUAGAAUCAAAAUAAAGACAUUAGUUAAACUAUAUAUAUGUUGUGAUGCUUCUCCCUCUCUCUCUCUCUCUCUGUCUAUAUCUAUAUAUUAGGGCUCUUUCAUAAAACUACUUUUAUCAAAAUAUUUCGCGUUUGUAGCUCCCUUUCUUUUAAUUAUCGCGAAUAACCAGAAUAACAUGAAAAUUACCCAAAUACCGAAUUGUUAUUAAACUAACUUUUUAUUUAACCACAUUAUCCCAUAAUCAAACCCUAAUUUAUCUAAAUCGUCAUUUGACCCUGUCAUUAUAUUUAA